UAAGCAUCUCAUUUUUGUUUCUUUUGUAUUCAAUAAAAUAUAUACAUCUUAGGGGGACCAUUUAUACAAACCUCCGCAAAACCUAUCCUGGAAUAGUUAUAAUAUGAAUCUUGUUUUUGUCUCUGUCUCCAUAGUCCAGACUCAAGAAUCUCCGUUUUCUGAUCUUGCUCUGUAACAUAUUACUUUUAGUAUCAUUAUUAGUUUGGUAGAGAAAGAGACACACAUGGUUGUUACCGGCAUGGAAUUUGACCAGAUGAUUGAUUGGACUCAAUUAUUGACUUAUUAUUACACUUUGCCUCCAUUAUAUAAUGUUUUCAUUCUCAUUUUUUCUACUCUGGAGGUAUGAUGAUGACUACGGAAGCGGAUCAGAUGCAAGGACCAAGCGGCGGCGGCGGCGGCGGCUGUGAAGAAAAGAUUUCUGUUUCUGUUCGUCUGCGACCUUUAAAUGACAAGGAAAUGUUGAGGAAUAAUUCCCCUGACUGGGAGUGCAUCAACUCUACAACCAUCAUGUACAGGAGCCAUCUCUCUAUCUCUGACCGUUCCAUGUAUCCUUCUGCUUACUCUUUUGACAGAGUGUUCGGCCCUGAGUGUUGUACCAGGCAAGUCUAUGACCAAGGGGCCAAGGAAGUAGCUUUCUCUGUUGUCAGUGGCGUUAAUGCUAGCGUCUUUGCGUACGGGCAAACAAGCAGUGGAAAGACAUACACCAUGAGUGGAAUUACUCACUGCACUUUGGUUGAUAUAUAUGACUACAUUGACAAGCACAAGGAAAGAGAAUUCAUUCUAAAGUUCUCCGCCAUGGAGAUCUAUAAUGAGUCUGUGCGAGAUCUCUUAAGUACAGAUAGUAGUCCGCUCAGACUUCUAGAUGAUCCUGAGAAAGGGACAGUUGUUGAGAAACUCACAGAGGAAACUCUGCGAGACUGGAAUCAUUUCAAGGAGCUCCUUUCUGUUUGCGAAGCUCAGCGGCAAAUUGGAGAGACAGCUCUGAAUGAAGUUAGCUCCCGGUCUCAUCAGAUUUUGAGAUUGACAGUUGAAAGCACGGCUCGUGAAUUUUUCACUAACGAUAAAUUUAGUACACUAACAGCAACAGUGAACUUUAUUGAUCUUGCUGGAAGUGAACGUGCAUCUCAGUCAUUAUCAGCCGGCACAAGGUUGAAAGAAGGUUGUCAUAUAAACCGAAGUUUGUUAACGCUGGGAACUGUCAUCCGUAAGCUAAGUAAAGGAAAAACUGGUCACAUUCCAUUCAGAGAUUCAAAACUGACGCGCAUACUUCAGUCUUCCUUGGGAGGAAAUGCCAGAACCGCCAUAAUAUGUACCAUGAGUCCUGCAAGAAUCCAUGUUGAGCAAUCAAGAAACACGCUUCUAUUCGCGAGCUGUGCAAAGGAGGUGACAACGAAUGCACAAGUCAAUGUCGUCAUGUCUGAUAAGGCUUUAGUGAAACACUUGCAGAGGGAGUUGGCUAAACUGGAAAGUGAGUUGAGAAGCCCUGGUCAGCCUUCGGUUGCCUCUGACACAACAACUGCAUUACUGACGGAGAAGGACCUCGAGGUUGAAAAGCUCAAGAAAGAGGUAUUCCAACUAGCACAAGAGCUAAAGCAAGCUCGUUGCGAGAUUGAGGAUCUUCGACGAAUGGUUGGAGAAGGAAAACAAGGACCAAAAGAGACACUAUCUACAGAGGUGGUGCUGGUGGAACAUCAAUACCCGAAGCUGAGGGUGCGCAGUACAUGGGACUCUGAGAAUACAACACCAUUAAGCCCUAUAUCAGCUCACCGUUCCAGCUUGUCUCCACGAUCAUCUGAAUACAGUUACGACGACAACGUCUUCCAGCUUUCAGAUUUCAGGAUAGAUUCUGGGUCAAGUAGUCCAUUUCAUCAGCAUGCCUUUGUAACUCCACACGGGGAAGAAACUAAAGACCAAUCCCAAGUUCACACAGAAGAAACUGAAGCUCAACCUCAUGUUCCGAGGAAUGUCUCGUCAACAUUAGUUAUUUUUCCUUCUCCAGCUGAGGAGGAAGAGGUUGAUGAAAUGGGUAGAGAGACUGAUGGAAAUUCUGAGGAUGACUGCAGGGAAGUUCGAUGCAUAGAAACAGAUAUUAUGUCAGAUGUCACUAGACAUCCACAGGAAAAUAUUCCGCAGAGCAGUCCAGAUAGAUUUGACGUUGUUAAUGCAGAAGAACCAGUAUGUGUGACGGAGCCAAAGAGCCUACAACUAUCCACUAAAGCUGAAGAAGAGGAAGAAGAGGAAGAAGAACCAGUAUGUGUAACGGAGCCAAAGAACAUACAACCACCAAUUGAAGAUGAAAAGGAAGUAGAAGAAGAAGAAAGAGUAAAGGAAGUGAGUAAUUCCUCUACUCAACCAAAACAAGAAAGCGAACUCAUCAAAACCCCUCCUCCAUGCUGUGAUUUCAAAUCAUCUCCUGAUGAGUUUGUUACAAGCCUUAGUAGUAGCAACCCGACGCCUCCAGUAUUCAUCACUCCCUCUCCUGAAAAGCCAUUCUCUUGGCUUACGGAGAGAGAAUCACAACCGGUCAGAGGCAUGAAACUGACUAGAAGCCGGAGCUGUAGAGCAUGCGUGUUGUCGAGCGCUUCCCCAUCUUGGUUUGAGAAAGAUGCUGAUGCUGACACACCGCCAAGUUGGUACGACAAAGGAUUCGCCAAAGCAGCUGAGAUGCGCGACAUCAAGAAUGAGAGGUUGCUGCAGGAUGAGUUCAGCGGGAGGAGCAUGCCAACAACUUGGAUCGAGAGAAGCUUUAGCGACACUCAAACUGCGCAUGCUACUGCUUCUUCACACAACGAAAUGUCGUCAUCACCAAAUGAAUCUCUGUCCCGCCCCUCUGAUGUUUCUGCGUUUGAGCUUCAGACGAGUGGCAGCCCUUCUACAAGCCAGGAGAAAACUGAGGAGACUGCUGCUCAGAAAGACAAGCGAAUCAUUCAUCGCUCGAUGGAGGAAAUAGAACAGAAGUUGUUCUUGGGGUUGAGUUCGACAAAGAGUUUCAAAGACGCUGCAUUGGACCCAAUACAAGACUACCUAGACACGCCUUUGAAUUGGCCGGAAGAGUUCAAGAGGCUACAGCGGGAGAUCAUAGAGUUAUGGCACACGUGUAACGUCUCCAUGGCCCACAGAAGCUACUUCUUCCUAUUGUUCAGAGGGGAUCAGAAAGACUGCUUGUACUUGGAGGUCGAACUCCGUAGACUCAAGUACAUCGCCCAUAAUAGCAAAGCCAGCGACGAUCUGAGCCUAGUGUCCAGCACGAAGGCGUUGACUAGAGAGAGGUUUAAGCUGAGCAAGUUGAUGCAGAGGAAACUAUCCAAGGAAGAGAGAGAGAACUUGUUCUUGAGAUGGGGAGUUGCGCUGAACACAAGGCACCGGCGGGUCCAGCUGGCGCACAGACUCUGGUCUGAUUACAAAGACAUGGGUCAUGUCCGAGAGAGUGCCUCCCUCGUUGGUAAGCUCCAUGGAUUCGUCGACAUGAACUUGACUUCCUCCGACAUGUUUGGCAUCAACUUUGCUUUCAGACCACCUCGUCCCAAGAAAUCUAGUCUUUGGAAACGCAGUGUUUUGUCCCUCUCCUUUUUGUAACUUUGGUAGUAGUAAGUAAAGCACACUAUAAAGAAAUGUUCGCUAAUGAAAUCACAAUCUUCUUUUAUAUUGAUCCUGUUGAUUUAAGUUGUCUCUCUCCCAUUAGUGAAUUUGAAGGUAAUGGCGUGUUUUCACUAUCUCAAUCUUCUAGUCAAUCUCCGUGUCUAUUUUGUAUCUCCUACAUCUGACUAUGAUAAUCACAGUGGUUUUAUGGCGUUGGGACUAUUAUCAGACUGAUGCAAUUUAUGUUUUCCCUUGAUGAUCCUCAGAGCCAAAGUUGCAAGUAAUCAACAUUAAGUUUCUUCUUGUGCUAAAUUUUGUUUGAAGCAUUAACAAUGAGUAACAAUGAGCAAAGCUUUUCCUUCGAGAAUUGCCGCUCGUGAUGAAAAUGGUUUUCUUUCCAUGAUUGAUGUGGAAUACGCUUGGUUACGUUCUAAAUGCAGUAGAUAUGGUUAGGUUGAACACGAGAUUAAACAUUGUUUCCAAGAUGUCAGUAAAUCCCAUGUAGUUACUAUCAAAGCUAUUGAGAUGGACUCCAUUGCUAGCCAUGUGGUUGCAGCCACUUCGCCUAUCAUUUUCCCUAAUUCUCUUCUACCCAGUAUUAUCACAAAUGGGUCAAGCCCAACUUCUGCAAAGCCCAAUACGGAUUUAAACAAAACGCAGAGCUUUGCUCCUCAGUUAACGGUCUUCUUCCUGCACAAGACAAAACACAAGUGAGGAUAAGACUAAAGCGAUGAACGGAAAAGUAAAGCAAAGGGGAGAGGACAAGCCAGCUGGUCAAGCACAGGCUAUCACAACCCAAAACGGUUACGCGCUGCUACAGACACUCAUGUUGGAACAAAAACCUUAAGAGAGUGAAAUCAUAAUAAGAAUUUCUACCUCAACACCAGUUUCAAACCUUUAGGUUACUUCCUUCUAACAUUAGUUUUGUUGCAAAAAAUGAAUCAAACUCGAGACCUUUUGGGAAAAGAAUUUUUACAUAACAAACAACUAAACAGUGGAAGGAGAAACCCAAAGAUUAUGUUUGCAUCAACAUCACCAUUUGAUGGGUUAAAACAACAUCGACUAUACUCUAAAGGGGGAAAACAUGUGGCUAAAGUAAUUAAAACCCAACAGAAAUUUGGCUAAAAACGUAGUUACCGUAAUCAUAUAUAGAGUGUUAACCCGGACCAGUUCCUAAUAAAUAUGUAGGCGUAUAUUUUCUAUUGGUAUUUACAACUGCAGAAACAGAAACCCUAUAUUGUUUGAUCAGCUUUUUUUAUUGGUAUUUAUUUGUUUUUUUUUUCAUUUUCGAGAAGAACAAAAGUUUGUACUAGUUUUCAACUUUUUUUUUGUUUUGUUAUGAAGAUAUACACUGUGUAUGAGUAAAACUGACUCUUGGAUUGACAGCAGGACACUGUUCUCGCUGAUCUUGAUAUUUGUGUUUUUAUUUGUUGCCAUUAACUUAAAAAUAUUUUUUUUGAAAACACUUUAAAAAUCUUUUUUUUUGAAAGAAGUUUAUAAAAUCUUUUUCUAUAUAAACAAACAAAUCUUACAUUAAAUUUUAUUUCUCCACAUGUAAUCAAACAUCUGAUCACAUAAUUAUUUUUCACCUAGGGCUACAGGUUGGAAAUUUUCCACCGGAAAUUAGCUCAUCUGCAACUUUCCAGUGUGUGCGUGUGAGUUCGGUUGAUGAGGGAGAAGAUGAAUAUGCAUACAAAACAGCUGUGAGUAUAGGCGGUCACGUAUUCAAAGGUAUUCUCUACGACCAAGGUCCGGCCGAGAGAAGCUCCUCGGACGGUGGAUCUCAGCCGUUGAAUCUCAUAACCGCAGGGCCAUCGGCCUCCUCGUCAAGCGCAAAGGUGAGCUGCAACAAUGGAGUCGUUGGCUCCACUUCAGAUCAUUACAUUGAUCCUGCCUCACUUAAUUAUCCUACCUCCAACAACAGUUUCAUCACUGGUACACACUUCUUCUCCAACCCUAGAUCUUGACAGAUCAUAGCCAUUUAAUUCUUACAGUACAACUAGGGUUUGUAGAACGGAGGAAGAGGAGUUUAUAACGUUAAUCAGUGUUUUAAAGAUUAAUCUCCAAAUCCUGAGAAUGUUUAUAUUCUAUAUUUAAAUCGUUACCUGUCUUUUAAUAUUAUGUACAAUUUCUGUUAAAAAAAGUUAAGUUCUCUAUUACCUGCCUACAAAAUUUAAUUAUAAGUUCAUAGUGUUUUUAUCUGGAAGUACCUUGUAUUAUUGUAUUAUUGGAGUAUAUAAUCCAGUCCAGUUUUCAAAUAUCAAAAAAGUCAACGAGUCUGUAUCUGUGGAAGCUCACAUCAACAGCUUUCCAGCUGGCUGUUUUCAACUCUGAUCGCUAAUCUCAGGCUUGUUCUUUUCAAUUUUCAACUCAAGACUUUUUUGGACGUCGAAUUUAAAAUUUUAAGAUGUUUGUCAGUUAAUUACAGAUGUGAUUUGCUCUGUAAAAUCAAUUAAUGUUGAAAUAUACUUGUAUAUUGGAAACCGUGGGAAACAUGUACUGAGCUUUACUGUGGGUUUGGCAAAACAAUCACAGACAAACUGGCAUAGGUAUAUAUGAUAGGCGGCUACUGUUUGUCAAUAUGGUCGUAUGUAUAUCACUUCGUAUACUUGAUAGUUAAAUUUAAGCAGUUUUUGAAGCCAACUCCAAAAUAUCAAAUUUAGUGUGAUUUUAUCUAUAAUAAAAUUCCAAAAUUACAUAGUUUUACCAAAAUUGAUGUUACUUUAGUGAAUGCUAUUUAUCAUACCAAUUAUUAAACUAAUAUAUUUUAUUACUUUUCAUUUGACUAUAGUCACAUGAAUAUAUUAAUUAGCGUAGACUUAUAUUUGCUAGAUUUAAUAUUUUAAUUAAAGCAAAAUGCACUAAAUAAAGUCUUAAACAUCUAUCUUUCAUAUACAAAAACUAAAACUUCAAUUUUUGUAUAUGGAGAGAAUAUUUCUAUUUUUUCUUACCUUGCUAAAAAUUAAAAUAUUAUAUUAAUUAUAUUUUAAUUUAAAAUAUACUCAAAUAAUUAUCAUCGAUUAUAUCAAACUGUAAAAAUACAUAUUAUGUACUUUUCGUUUUUAAUGUAAAUUUAGCUGAACUAAUUUUUUUCAUAAAAACAAACUAAUAUAUAAAUUAACUCUAAAAUAAUUUUUAAUAAAUAAUGAAGACAUAAAAUUACAAAAUUUAACAAAAUCAAAUAUAAAAUCAAAUGUGAUAUAAUGAAAUUAGUCAAUUAUAGAUAAAUAAUGUAUUUAAAUUAUUAAAACUAAAAACUAAUAAUCUUUUGAUGUAGUGUGUUUAAAAUAACUAGGUUUAUAAUGGUUAGAGUUGAUUUGUGUGUUGAUGUAAUGUCAGUACAUUUACAUUUGAAGGGAUAGAGAGAUACUUAGAUGACGAGAAGUUCUACUUACUGAACCAAACGUCCUCACUGCAACAUCGACAUUUAUGUUUUUAAAAAUCGUAAUAAGCAUCAAUAUAAGUUUACAAAAAAAUAAGCAUUCAUAUAGACUUCGUCUUAUCAUUGCACAUUUUUCACAUAUACUAUGCGUUGUUUGGCUUAUACUACAAUUUUCCAAAAGUCCGAUCUUGCAUUGUAUGUGUUUCCCUCGACUCGAGAAUCCAUCCACGUAAAUAUAAAU